GACUUCGCCGUCUACUCCACCGCCGUGUACGUCUUCACCGAGGGCUACUACAGCCUGGCCAGCCCCCCCCGGGAGACCAACCUGGGGGUGCUCUGGUGCCUGCUGACCGUCCUCUUCUCCGUGAAGGUGUUUUUCAUGGUGAUGCGCCACUAUUUCCGCUCGGAGGAGGGGGGGGAGCGCUCCGUGUGCCUCACCUUCGCCUUCUUCUUCCUCCUCCUGGCCAUGGUGGCCCUGGUGGUCCGGGAGGAGCACCUGGAGUUCGGCCUCGAGGCCGGGCUGGCCGGGGUCAGCACUAACCUGGAGCCCCUCCUGAAGCAGCGGGGCUGGGAGUGGACGCUGCCCCUGGCCAAGCUGGGCUUCAAGCUGGGGCUGGUGGCCCUUUGCUCCUUCCUGGGCGCCUGCCUGACCUUCCCGGGGCUGCGCCUGGCCCAGACCCACCUGGAUGCCCUCAGGAUGGCAGCUGACCAGCCCCUGGCACAACCCCCAGGGAGGGUGCUGGGGCUCUGUGGGGACGAGGCUGCAGCUCAGGGACCGCCCCCCCAGCCCUGUCCCCUCUGUCCCACAGGGCACCUCUCCUGGGGGCUGUACCCGGAGCCCCCCCCGGUGUCCCCAGCGGUGGCGGUGCCGGGCCCGGCGGGCGAGGAGGGCGAGGACGUGCAGGUGGUGGUGCAGCAGAUCACGGGCAUCCUGGACUGCAUCUUCACCCCCCCCUUGCUCCGGGGGCUCUUCUCCUUCCUCACCUGGUGGGUGGCCGCCUGCCAGGUCGUCACCAGCCUCUUUGGCCUCUACUUCCACCAGUACCUGGCGGGGUCCUGACUGGGGGGAGCUGGGACGUGCCCGUGCCCGGCUGCUGCUCCUGCCUUGGCCGGUUCCUCCCCCCUUUGCACGUGCUGGUGGCACCCGUGGACACGUGGGGGGACGUUUCUGCUGCCAGCUCAGGGCAGGACGGGUUUCGUGCCCGGGUCAGGGUGGGCACUGCCCACCCCUGUCACCCGUCACCACCGUGCCUGCUCCCACCCCCUGCAGCCCCUCUGCCCCCUCCUGACCCAGCGUGGGGACACUCCACUGCUGUGCCCUCCUCCAGGGCAGCAGCAGCUCCUGCCAGCCCAGGUUGGUACCUGCUGGGCAGAGGAGGUGGUGGGGACCUCCAGCAGGGACUUCGGGGUGUGCUCUGCCUCGCGUUUGCCUCCGCCAGCUGAGGGUGUUUUUGUAGGGUCUCUGCCACGGCCAGCUGGGUCAGAGCUCCUUGGCAUCAUCCCUGUGCUCCCUGUGAGCCCUCAGGCCCAGCAGCCUCGGCCUUGGCCGGGUUAGGAAUAAAUCAGUGACCCAAAA